AAGGCACUUCGAUUUUUCAGACUCUGAUUGUGUACGUGCAAGUUAUCGGAACCCUCAAGAUCCAGAACGAGACGGCGAACAAAGGCCUGCGCAGGCCUGCGCGAAGUGAACCUGGAGUAUCAGCCUAGCUCAGGCACCUUGGCAGAAUGUACCCCAUGGAUCCAGAGAGGCACAGUCACCAGAGGGAGUAUGGCGCACCAGAAACAUGCAGUCAGCGGAGGGAGUAUGAAGAACCAGAGACAUGCAGUCAGAGGAGGGAGUAUGAAGAACCAGAGAGAUGCAGUCAGCGGAUGGAGUAUAGGGAACCAGAGACAUGCAGUCAGCAGAUGGAGUAUAGGGAACCAGAGACAUGCAGUCAGCGGAUGGAGUAUAGGGAACCAGAGACAUGCAGUCAGCGGAUGGAGUAUGAAGAACCAGAGACAUGCAGUCAGCGGAGGGAGUAUGAAGAACCAGAGAGAUGCAGUCAGCGGAGGGAGUAUGGAGUACCAGAGAGGUACAGUCGGCGGAAGGAGUAUGGAGAACCAGAGACAUGCAGUCAGCGGAGGGAGUAUGAAGAACCAGAGAGAUGCAGUCAGCGGAGGGAGUAUGGAGAACCAGAGAGAUGCAGUCAGCGGAGGGAGUAUGGAGAACCAGAGAGAUGCAGUCAGCGGAGGGAGUACAGAGAACCGAGCUCAGGGCAAUGGGGCGAUGGCCUUGAGACGAGAGACAACGGCCAGGCUAUGGCCAGAGAGCCCUACAGUGAAUACCCCAGCAUGAGGAGGACUAGAGAAGGUUGGGAGGAGUAUGGUUCUUCCUCUGAUAUGAGCUUCAUCAUGGACCCAUCGUCCAGAGACUGGAGCGAAGAUUCAUUGAGGGGUAGCAGUGCUCCCUUCUCCCCAGACACAGAUGGGGACGUUGAUGGAGAUCCUGUGGAGCUCAGUGUGGAGGACCUGGAGCUCCUUCGUAAGAGGAUGGAGCUGGAGAUCAUAGAGGAACAGAUUGCCCGCAAAAAAGCUGUUCUUGCUAUGGAAUUGGUUGGACCUGAAUCAAAGGCCAUCCGUAAACAGAAGACGAAGGACAAGGACCUUGAAAUGUUAACAAAAAAUGUUUCCAAUAAGGAUGUUACUCUUAAAGAGAGGGUGAAUAGCAUUUUGAGAAAGCGGGCAUGGACCAAUGAAUGUCGCUCAAAGGAGGCUGCCAACCAGCAGGUCCCUCCCAAGCUUGUUCUCCAUCCGCCCAAAGUGGUCAAAAGCUUUGUGGAACGGAUGAACGAGUCCAUCCUGCACAAAGACAGCAUAGUGAAGGGCAGCCUUACCCUGGACAUCCAUGAAGAGGAGCAUCCUCUGAAACUCAAAGUGGAGGCUUUAUUGGAGCAGCGACGUAAUCCCACGGUGAAUAAGGAGGACAAAGCAGCCAAGGGCUUCCAGUACUUCCUCGAUGUCCUCAACAAAGGGGUGGACAUCGACAGGCUCUCAAAGAUUGUCAACAAUUUCAAGGAUUUACCCUCUAUGGGAGAGGAGCUACCACAAGGUCAGCCGCCUCCACUUGAUGGCCAGCCCGAGACCAACUCUAAGAGUGAGAGGAAGGUGCCCUCUCGCAAAAGGCGCUCCCGGUUUGAUGAGUUCCCGCUAGGUUGUUUCAAUAUACUCGGGGUUCAGCCCAAUCCGUUUGGGGAUCUGUUGCGUGAAGUGGUCCCAGCAGAUAGCGUUCUGCCACAGCACCGCAGUCUCUUACAAAGUGGAGGAGGAGAGAUUGGGCAACAUAGCCUUAGCUUGGGCUUCAUCCAGGCUAUGGAUAGCCCAAAAAACAAAAAGCCCAAGUCUACACAGGUGGAGGAGAAGAGGAAAGGGAGGCAUACGUCCAAGUCUCCACCUGUUGAGGAGAAGAGGAAAGGGAGGCAUAAGUCCAAGUCUCCACCUGUUGAGGAGAAGAGGAAAGGGAGGCUUAAGUCCAAGUCUCCACCUGUUGAGGAGACGAGGAAAGGGAGGCUUAAGUCCAAGUCUCCACCUGUUGAGGAGAAGAGGAAAGGGAGGCUUAAGUCCAAGUCUCCACCUGUUGAGGAGAAGAGGAAAGGGAGGCUUAAGUCCAAGUCUCCACCUGUUGAGGAGAAGAGGAAAGGGAGGCACAAGUCCAAGUCUCCACCUGUUGAGGAGAAGAGGAAAGGGAGGCUUAAGUCCAAGUCUCCACCUGUUGAGGAGAAGAGGAAAGGGAGGCUUAAGUCCAAGUCUCCACCUGUUGAGGAGAAUAGGAAAGAGAGGCCUGAGGAUGAGCAGAAAUACGGACAAAUCCAGAGCCUGCUGCAGACUAUUGGGCUGGAUCUGGGGGUGGAGGAGUUGGGCCGACUGAACGACAGGAUCCAGGAGAGGCUGUAUGGGAAGAAGAGAGACCUGGAGAAGAAGGUGGGCAAGAAAGAAAGCGUGUGGGGGGUUGAGAAAGAGGAGAGCAAGAAGGACAAAGAGGAGAGCAAGAAGGACAAAGAGGAGAGCAAGAAGGGCAAAGAGGAGAGCAAGAAGGGCAAAGAGGAGAGCAAGAAGGGCAAAGAGGAGAACAAGAAGGACAAAGAGGAGAGCAAGAAGGACAAAGAGGAGAGCAAGAAGGGCAAAGAGGAGAGCAAGAAGGACAAAGAGGAGAGCAAGAAGGGCAAAGAGGAGAGCAAGAAGGACAAAGAGGAGAGCAAGAAGGACAAAGAGGAGAGCAAGAAGGACAAAGAGGAGAGCAAGAAGGACAAAGAGGAGAGCAAGAAGGACAAAGAGGAGAGCAAGAAGGACAAAGAGGAGAGUGAGAAAGAUAAACAGGAGGAGGAAGAGGAGAGCGAGAAGGAGAAAGAGGAGAGCGAGAAAGGGAAAGAUAAAGAGGAGAAACUCCAACUCCAGCCCCCCUUGCCAUCGGUGGACCGCAGAAUACAAACGCUCUAG